AAAAGGGCUGUCUACAUAUGAACAGCUCAAUAAUACCCUCUCACUCGCCAAUGACCUGCGCUAUUCUUUCAUUUCAAUAGCCUUUUCCGGCUCUCUAUCGCCCCCCUCCCAUAGCUCUAGAGAUUAUUCCUUUCUUCUUUCUUUCUCAAACAUUUAUUAUUUUCUCAUAAUACAUAUAAAAAAUCAUCCUUCUUUUAUACUCUUAUCUUUGUCUUAUAUAAUCUCAGGGUGCUAGAGCAACAAAAAUACGACCAUAUAUCAAAGGGGAAAAAAAAAGAGAUUCAAGGGAUAAUACGAUGACCAAGUUACCUUCUUUGUUUCUGGUUUUGACUUUGGUUUCUGUUUUUGUUUGUGGGUUUGGAAAAAGGAUACCAAUUCUGUCAUUUGAUGAAGGGUAUAGUCAGUUGUUUGGAGAUGAUAAUCUAGUUCUCCAUAGAGAUGGUAAAGCUGUUCACUUGUCUUUGAAUGAGAGAACAGGGUCUGGAUUUGUGUCUCAAGACCUUUACUUGCAUGGUUACUUCAGUGCCUCAAUAAAGUUACCUGCUGAUUAUACUGCUGGAGUUGUGGUUGCUUUCUAUAUGUCAAAUGGUGAUAUGUUCGAGAAGAACCACGAUGAAAUAGAUUUUGAGUUCUUGGGUAACAUCAGAGGCAAAGAUUGGAGGAUUCAGACCAAUAUUUACGGCAAUGGAAGCACCAGUGUUGGCAGAGAAGAAAGAUACAAUCUUUGGUUCGACCCUGCUGAUGAUUUCCAUCAGUACACUAUUCUCUGGACUGAUUCUCAAAUCAUAUUUUAUAUAGACAACAUCCCCAUUAGAGAGUUUAAAAGAACGGCUGCAAUGGGUGGGGACUUUCCCUCUAAGCCGAUGUCGUUGUAUGCUACAAUAUGGGAUGGGUCUGAUUGGGCUACUAAUGGUGGCAAAUAUAGAGUCAAUUACAAAUACGCUCCUUACGUAGCCGAAUUUUCCGACCUGAUCCUCCACGGCUGCGCAGUGGAUCCCAUUGAAUUUUCGUCGAAGAAGUGUGACACCACCUCUCAAAGUUUGGAACUUUCUGCCACUAUCACCCCAUCACAAAGAAGCAAAAUGGAUAGCUUUAGGAGGAAGCACAUGACAUAUUCUUACUGCUAUGACCAGACCAGAUACAAAGUUCCACCUGUAGAGUGUGUGAUCAAUCCCCGUGAAGCCGAAAGACUGAAAAGGUUCGAUCCAGUCACGUUUGGAGGCAGGCGUCACCAUGGGAAGCGACACCACCGCAGCAGAGCAAGCCGGUCCGAAGCUGAUACCAUCUAAAAAAUAAUAGACCAUUGGUAGAUUUGAUUUCAUUACAUGUUGGGGCAUUAUUUCCUCUCGGUUUGAUUUAUAAAAUAGUUGGGGGUCAGUUUUGUGUAUAGAGAGAGAGGAGGAGCAGGAGAGCAACAAAUAUUUAUCUCAAAGAAGGUGAUAGAGUUGUUUCUUAUCAUAAUAUAUGUUUGAUGAUGUGGGUGUGUGAUGUGUAUAGUUCCAUUUUUAUCAUUGAUGUUUGUCUCUCUGGCUUUUUACAAAGAUUGAAUUUGGUGAUGACUGUUAUCCAAUAA